AUUUUCCCGCCAGCCCUGGACCUCCAGAUCUGGCCGCCUCCUUUUCUUUUCCCCUCCCAAGCUCCCGCCGCCUCGCUUGGGGUGAGCAGCCGCCGGGCCUCGGUCAGCAACUGCUGUGUGGUUCGCCGCCGCCGCCGCCUCCUCCUCCUCCUCCGACCUCCGCCGCCCACGGGAGCCGAGCUGCCAUGGAUUCACCAUCCCACGAUACUCCUCUCGCAGCCGCCAACAAUAUCGAGCCCUUCUUUAUUCUUCCCAAGGCCGCCGCCGCCGCCGCCGCAGCGUCUUCCAGUUCCCCACCGACAACAACUACCCGGACCCGGCGGCGAAUCGACGUUUCCCCGCCGUCAUCCCCCAAUCCCAAAUCCGCAAAGAGGCCGCGGAACACCGAGGAGGAGGACGAGGAGGAGGGGGAUGUCGCGCUGUACGAGCGGCUCCGCCUGGAGGCGUUCCACCGCACCUGGUCCAAGAUCCAGUCCACCAUCGAUGAGGUCCUGAGAGACAUCAACCUCAAGCUGUUCGACCAGGUGCUGCAGUGGGUCCACGAGUCCUUCUCGGCGAUCCGCUCUGUUGCGACACCGUGCCCCGCCGAAAUCCAGCAGCCGUACCCUCUUCUAACCGAUGUCAUCUGCAGGAAGAUACCGACGGCGUUUGUUCUCACCAAGAAUGCGGAAUUUGUUGACGACGUCACGACAUUUCGGGAUCUCACGGACCAUCUGGAGUCAAAUGGAUGUCACCUGGCCAAGCUGUCGGCGACUGAAUUCGCAGCAAAGCACGGAGUCGGUGGUUGCUUAAGGAGCUUGUUGAGGCAGCUGCUUUCAGAUGUUCCAGAUGUAGCGGAUGUAUCUGCACUUGCAUCUUGGUACUGUGGAGUCGAGAAUUAUGAUCAACCUAUGGUUAUCAUAAUUGAUGAUUUAGAGCAAUGUUCUGGUGAUGUCUUGGGAGAGCUUGUGAUAAUGCUGAGUGAGUGGGUAGUUAAGCUUCCAAUGUUCUUUGUAAUGGGGAUAGCAACUACGCUUGACGCACCAAGGAAGUUGCUCUCAUCGGAAGCUCUUCAACGAUUAGAUCCCUGUAAGCUCACUUUGGGAUCUCCUUCUGAUAGAAUGAACGCGCUUGUGGAGGCCAUCCUUGUUAAACCAUGCGCCGGAUUUUCCAUCAGUCAUGAAGUUGCAGUCUUCCUCAGAAAUUACUUUUUCAGGCACGAUGGGACAAUAACAUCUUUUAUUAGUGCUCUCAAGCUUGCAUGCAGUAAGCACUUCUCCAUUGAACCUUUGAGCUUCUUGUGUAUGGGAAUGCUUGAAGAGGAUUCUGAGAACUUUUGGCGUGAUAAAUUUGAUGCACUGCCUCAAGCAAUGCAGAAGAGCGCUUUUGGUUUACCCUCAUGCACAAGGGAAAAUUACUCAGUCAAGACUGACAACGUGGUAGAAGGGUUGUCUGAGCUGAUGAAGUUUCAAAAGGACUGGAGCUCUGUUCUCUUGUGCUUGUAUGAAGCUGGAAGACAUGAGAAAAUGCAACUUUUAGAUAUUUUCUGUGAGGUAAUCAACCCGGAUAUGCAUACUCAGAGGGCUCCAAAGAGUGACCUGCUUAUGUCUAAAGUGACCAGUGAAAAUCUAUCAAGUGGAAAGUCAGGUGCUGGUAGAAGAUUUAUAGAUCGGGCAUUGGAUACGGUAAGAUACAUGCCGACGGACAAAUUACUUCGUGUUCUUGAUGUUUGGAGCACCCAUUUAAAGGGAAUGAAUGAGAUUACUGACAAGGUGAAAGAGCUUCAGUCAACCACAAUCAGUACAGAUUCUGUGAAGAUCACAAAGGAUAAGUGGCCUAGGAGAUCAACACAUAGUUCACCAAAUAGAGUAGCCCCAUUAAAUGAUAAGGCUACCAUGCUUUUGGAUGAUAUUACCAGGAAAGUUUUGGUGCCUGUUGAGUGCUUACCUUUUCAUGAAAUCAUUUGCUUCAAAAAUGUUGGCGUUCUGCAAUCUGCACUGCUUGGAAACCCAAGAAGAAUGGUUCAGCUUGAUCUGCUGAAGUCACAGAGCUGUCUUAAAUGCUCUUGCUGCAGUAAAAAUAGAAUUGCGGUGUCAGCAUCCUUGCAUGACACAUCAAUUAUGUGCAACCUAGCCCAAGAAUAUGGUGACGUAAUUAAUGUCCAUGACUGGUACUUGUCUUUUGAUGGAAUUACCAAUAGUACACAUUCAAAAGGGAAAAGGAGACUGCUUGGUUCCCCCUCAAAAAAGAAAUCAAAAGCGAUGCCUCGACAGAGUGAAUCUAUGAUCCAAGCACGGUUCUGCAGAGCUGUCACUGAGCUACAAAUUACCGGACUUCUUCGGAUGCCAAGCAAGAGAAGGCCAGACCUGGUGCAGAGGAUUGCAUUUGGUCCUUAAGACCUCCAUGUUUGGUGAAGAAUGCACUCUCGAAGCAUCAGACUGGAAUGAUGGAAGAUCAGUAAAGCCAGUUUACUGUCCGCUCAUUGUCUCCUAUGACCGGUUUCUGCAGACUUGGGGCUUUGCAGUUUUCUGCUCUCUGCUAAUUCCAUGGGUAUUCAGCAACGCCAUGGAACAAAUGAAAUGCAAGCGAGCAACGAUACAAAAUGUUUUUAGAGUUGUGGCCGUUGUGGCUAAGGAACGACUUUCCUUUUUUCUAUUGCAGUAUAUAUGUAACAGAUAGCAUUAGUUCACUCUUUGUUUUGUUGUCUGGAGCCACCUUAACUCAAAUACAGCCUUUGUGUGGUUCUGGUGUAUCAAUUUUUUGAGCAUUUGUAAAUUGUAAUAUGAUGGAUACAAGAUUUAUGACACAGCCAUAAGACAAUGGAUUUCUUAAAAAAACAAAGAUUGAGAUGACUGGCUAAUCUUGAAUUCUU